UAACCACUCCAACCAUCACACACGCAUUUAUUUUGUUGAUCUCGCCGAAUCUCGUCGAUUCCCGCGACAAGUAACACAUGAGUUUAUGGAAACAAAUAUGUCGCACAACGUCUGUCGGAUAGGUAUAUCUCAUCAUUGUUCACACCGCGACAGCGUACACAGUCGAUGACUGCCAACACACGCAGCACUGUAGCUGGUUGACACAUUGACAUGGUAGGCUCUGUGUGUAAUUCUCGAAAAAGGGAUGAAGAAAGCCGGGCAGAAGAAAGAUGAAGUUAAACCUGAGGUCGACAAAGCCAGACGAGUCUACAGGGCAGCUUUGGAUGCUAUUCGUAGACUUGAUGAUCUCCUCCAGCAAAAACGUGCCUACAGAAAUGUAUUUACACAAGAUGCUGUUGGAUUACGAAACAAGUUGAAAUACUACUGUGAGCGCUUGAUGUUCUACAACCCUAUUGACUAUGGACGUAAGGCAGAAGAAGUUCUGUGGCGGAAGGUCUUUUACGAUAUCAUCCAACUUGUCAAGCGCAACAAACGGCAUAUUCGCCCUCAUGGCUCCCUUGAGACAGCAUUCCGCACUCACCUUGCUGCUGCUACUGGAUACUAUUACCACCUCCUUUUACGCCUACAGACUGAGUUCUGUCUACAGUUGGAUGGAAAGUUGGAUUUCCCUGUUGUACCUGAUCACAGCACAGGGAAAAAGAGUCAAUUACAUAACUCAAAGAAGAAAGAGGUGAGCAUUACUGUUCAAGAGUGGGCAUUAGGAGCGUGCCAUCGUUGUCUGGUUUACCUUGGAGAUAUUGCCCGGUACCAACAAGACUUUGACCAUAGUCUGAGUAAUAGCACAGCUGAACGUUUUUAUUACCAAGCCCUUUGCCUCCUUCCUGAUGUUGGUAUACCUCACAACCAGUUGGGAAGUUUGGUUGCGUCACGUUAUUUCCACACAGAAGCAGCUUACCAUUAUAUAAGAUGUUUGGUAAGCCAAAAGCCAUUUGAUGGUGCCCAUGGGAAUUUAAAACGUCUAUUGGAGAAAAAUCUUAAAAGAUUCACUGAAUUAUCUCAAAAAUCUCCCCGUGAUCUGCCACCUGAACAACAGAGACCACGAGACAUCAAAAGAUUCUUUGUCUACUUUCUUUAUUUGUUGGAUAUCUUUUACAACAAUUCUCGAAAUGUUGAAGCACCUGAAAUUCAAGAAUGUUGUCAGAAAACAUUGCAAGACUUCAAUCUGUGUAUGUUCUAUGAACCUGUCUGCUACAACAGUAGAGAUAAUGUGUUUACACCCCUGCGCCACCACAGUUCAUCUUCCAUUGAUCACCUCCAAUAUUUGGAUGAUGAUAUUGUGUUCAAGAUUGCUGUCAUUUGCAUGGCAACCGUACAUUUGCUUGAAAGAAAUGGUUCCCGUCAAGUGACUGCUGCCAUGGCAUUUUUAUUGGCUCUGUUCUCGCACAUCCUCAACCAUGUUGUCAUACGCUUGCAAGGAGCUCUUUAUGAUCGAGAAAACCUCACUAAACUCGCUGUUGCAGGAGCAGGUGAUGAAGCCGAUGAUAAAUAUGACAACAGCCAUUCAUCUCCUGGUGGAAACAAUGGCCUAUCAUUUGAUAAUAGUCAUCUAACAAUUGGAAAUGUACAUAAGGCAGGGAAUGAUAAACCAAUUUCCAAUGUUGUCUGGAAUCUUCAGCAGGCUGGGCAAAAUAAUGGAGAUUCUGCAACUGUCACUUCACUAGAUAAAAAGAAGAAGUUAAAUUUGCGAAACUUAAAAAGACGUCGACGUCGCCAUCACAGUGGUAGCAGUAAUGGAUCUGUUGUUUCAGAUGAAGAGUCUGAUCUCAGCGAAGGUGGUGAAGACAUUAUUGAAGAGGAUGAUAUGUUAACCGAGGAAUCUGACGAUGACCUUGGCAGUUACUUGGAACAUGAUUCAGAUUCUGAUCUCUCUGACACACUGAUCGAUGGGCAGGAUUUGCCCUCAAACUUCUCAUUAACUGGCAAAAAUAACCAGCUUUUGACAAACGGCGCAGGACUAAUCGAUUUUCGUUCCAACAUUGCUGCAGUUGCAGCCGCAGCUGAAGCUGUUGCUGCAGCUUCUGGCGUUAAUGGUAGCUGGAACAUUAGGCAUUCAAAUUCUUGCAACUCUAAUAUUUGGACUGAUGCUGCCACCAAUGUCAGUCUUGUCCAUUUUUCUACUGAACUCUUGUCUACAUCUGCAACAUUCCUUGGACAGAAAUUGGAGCUCAAUCUUAAAAACUCCAAAGUGGGCACAUCAGAUAACAGUGUGGAUUACACUUCAUACAAAGACAAUAACUAUGAACUGAAGAAUAUGAUGCUUUCUGGUUAUAACUCUGUAGAAGAUUGGCAUUCUGCUGAAAUAACUCAGAAGCUUCAUGAUUUUGUGAUAGAAACUGAUACUGAGACAAGCCGUGGACCUACAGAUACCGAAUUGUCUAGCGCUCUGAGUGAAACAGAUGCUGAAGGAGAUACCCAGUUAGAUAGGAAUGAAAAUGACCGUCUACAUUUACAACAUGUCAUUGAAGUAAUUCAAAACGAAGGCUUGCUCCAUGUUGUUAAAGUGUUGUGUGAUUGGAUGAAGUGUCAUGCCAGCGUGAUCACAACCUGUGCACAGAGUUCACAGUCUUUAUGGUGCCGGCUGUCAGUGUUGCUGAAUUUCCUGCCACUUGAAACCGAUUUGCCUGUUGACAGAGAGAUGCUGUGGCCGGAAAAUCUUCAUUCCAUUAAUUUCCUGCUAGAAGAAUUAAAUUCUAAGUUACACACAUCAACAACACCUCUUGUUUUAUAA